AUGACUGCAGUAGUAGGCAUACAGUCGUCGAUCGGUGUGCAGAAGGGAGUUCUUAUCCAGACCAAGGGCAAGGGAGCUUCCGGUUCAUUCAAAUUGGACCCAGCAAAGGACAAGGCCAAGGAACAGGCGGAGAAGGUCAAAGAACGAGCCAAGGCCAAGAAAGAGAAGGAGCAAGCAAAGAAAGCAGAGAUGAAAGCCAAGAAAGCAGAGAAAGCCGCAGCCAAGAAGGAGAAGGCCAAGAAAACCAAGAUAACCAAGAAGAAGACUCCAAAGAAAAUCGUCAAGAAGACACCCACCAAGAAAGUUGCAGCCAAGAAAACAGCAGCCAAGCCAUCAAAGAAAGUCGCCAAGCCCAGCAAAGCCGCAAAGAGUCCAAAGCCAAAGGAUUGCCCAAACAUGAGUGAGGACUUGACGGAUAUAAAGGAUCGAUGUGUCAGGGUUUCCCCUCACAUAUUCUGCCCCCCUGGAACUGCGACUGAGACCCCGAUCACAGUCUGUCUUCUAGAGCUUGGAACGGUAACCUAA